CAUCCGCAUAAACGUCGCCAGCAGGUCUGAAUCAUGAUGCUACGAACAGGUCCCUCGUAGGGUCUGAAUGGCGGCGGUGAGCAGCAGUUGGGUCGACCUUCCGUUUGUGCUCUGGAGCAAAUUUUUACCUUUCGGCUGAAGCAAGAAAAAAAAUAGGAAAAGUGAAAAAUGGAGCGGCUACUGUUGAACCUGCUCGUGUCAGACAGUGCUACGAUACAGGAGGCAACUAAGGAGCUCAAGAAAGUACUUCAAAACCCAGAUAGUGUGCCACAUUUGUGCCAACUUGUCCUGACAUCUACGAAUCCGGCGGUACGGCAAUAUGCGACUGUCGUUCUUAGGAGACGUUACAUUAAAGGGAAGAACUGGACAAAAUUGUCUGUACCUAUACGAACUGAAUUUAAGAAAAUUAUAUUACAGGCCUUAGAACACGAAUCGGUAAACUUUGUUAGAAAUAGUAUAACUCAAUUAAUAGGUGUCAUUGUUAAACAUGAAUUACCUACAAAUAGUUGGCCAGAAAUUAUACAUUAUGUGCAACAGUUAAUCACUAGUGAAAGAUUGGAGGAUAAAGAACUAGGCCUUUAUACUUUAUCAAUUAUGACAGACGUUUGUCCGGAUGUCUAUUCCUCGCAUGCCAGAUCUCUGGUAAUGCUCCUCGCUCAAACGUUGAGCAGUCUUCAGAGCUUAGGAAAUGCUGCCGCUUUUUACAUUUUGAAUACAUUGCGACAUCUCAUUCCAGUAGCCAAACACGACGAAACGACAGUACACACUUAUGCUACAAUGAUGCCGUAUAUAAUGGCUACAGUUCAGGCUUUGGCUGAAACGGAACACGACUCUUUUGCUAUUCAAAGUUUUGAAUUGUUGGAUGAAUUGUGCGAGAACAUGAUUGUUGUAAUAACGCCUCACGUGAAAACUCUUGUCCAUAUAUGCCUUACGAUCAUCGCUAAUAAAUGUAUAGACGAACUCUUGAAAGUUAGAGUGAUCACUUUUAUCGGCUGGCUAGCGAGAUUAAAGAAAAAGGCUCUCGUGAAACACAAACUAGUGGAACCUGUCGUCGACAUGUUAUUCGCAGUCAUGAUGAGUAAGCCAGAUGAUGAGGAGGAUUAUUCAAAUGCAGAGAACGAAAAUACUGUUUUAACGAGUGCUACUCAAACUUUAGACUUGCUCGCGAUGCAUUUGCCGCCGGAAAAAUUAAUUCCACAUUUGUUGCGACACAUCGAACCUGGACUCCGAAACACAGAUGAUUACGUUAAGAAGACGUCGUACGUGGCUAUAGCUGUGUUAGCGGAGGGUUGCGCUGAAUACAUUCGCUCGAACUAUCUUGAAUUCUUUCUGCGAUGCAUCUGCGAAGGAAUCUCCUAUCCCUCGCCCGUCGUGCGCAACGCCGCACUUUUCGCCUUAGGACAAUACUCCGAGCACCUGCAACCGGAGAUCUCGCAGUACUCGUCCGAGUUGCUGCCCGUAUUAUUUGAAUACCUCGGCCAAGUGAGCUCGUACAUUAAACAGGAGAAAAAAGAACCACACGCGGUUGGCCGUAUGUUCUACGCUCUUGAAAUGUUCUGUGAGAACUUGCAUGAGAGAAUCCUGCCAUACUUGCCUAAACUGAUGGAGAGGCUGUUUGAUAUCUUGAACGCGGAUACAUCACCCCACGUAAAGGAGCUCACCUUGAGCGCGAUAGGCGCCGCUGCCUGUGCUAGCAAGGAGCACAUGCUACCGUACUUUGAAACAAUUAUAAACAUUCUUAACAAUUACCUCACCUCCGAGCCAACCGAAGAAAACAUGUGUCUUCAAGUUCAAGCAGUUGAUACUCUCGGAGUGAUCGCUAGGUCAAUAGGCGAGAAACACUUCGCUCCGUUGGCGGCCACGUCACUCGAUCUUGGAAUAAAACUGUUGAGAAAUACGAUCGACCCAGACUUACGGAAAUCUCUCUAUGGAUUGUUCGCCGCUAUCAGCACAGUAAUGAAGAAGGAAAUGGCUGUGACCCUGCCUGAAAUUGUCGAGUAUAUGAUAAUGAGUAUCCGGAGUGCAGAUGGAAUUUUGAUGCACUUUAAGGACGACGAUGCUAACGCUCUUACAGUUUACGAUGAUCUCAGCGACACAGAAAGUGAACGAGAAGACGAAGAAGAAGACAUCGAGUACACCGAUAACGAGGAAGAUAAUGACGAAGAGAUUGACGGUUACAGUGUUGAAAACGCCUACAUGGAAGAAAAAGAGGAGAGCGUGAUGGCGUUAAAAGAAAUUGCAGAAUACACAGAAGAGGCAUUUAUGCCGUACCUCGAAAAAUCCUUUGAAGAGAUUUUUAAGUUGAUCAAUUAUCCUCAAGAAGAUAUACGAAAAGCGAGUAUAGAAGCUCUAUUACAGUUUUGCAUCAAUUUAUCAAAAAUCAAUACCGACGAAGGUAAAAAGGCACUAUUGAAGGCUCUCUCUAUGUUCAUUCCAAAAUUGUCAGAGCUGAUAAGAUUAGAUGAAGAGCCAACGGUUGCCAUUUGCGGUUUGGAGGCGUAUCAGAAACUUUUAAGGGAAGUCAAAUCGGAUGUUAUCAUUGGUAUAGGUCAUAAAGAAGCCAUAGUAAAUUGCGUAAUGGAUGUUAUGAAAGACAAAACAGCGUGUCAAGAUCAGGAGGAAAUUGAAGGUAUCGAUACCAAAGCGGAACAGGACGAGCUACUGAUAGAAUGCGCGGGAACUGUAUUUUCUAGUUUAGGAAGAGUGCUCUCGGCAGAGGAUUUUGCGCUCUACUUUCAGACCAUGUUGCCUUUCUUCAUAAAAAGACUGAAAAUAGACAAUUCGGAGGGACAGAGGUCUUUCGCUGUUGGAACGAUAGCUGAAUGCUUACCCGGGCUUAAACAUAUGGUGGCUGCGUUUGUUUCGCAACUGCUUCCGACUUUUCUACAAAUUGGGAGCCAAGACCCCUGCAGCGAAGUUCGUAGCAAUUGCUUCUUCGGAAUCGGAGAACUUGCUCUGUAUGGAAAAGAAGCUGUUUAUCCACAUUAUCCUAAUAUUCUCCAAACUUUAUCGUGUGCCAUUGCAAAAGAAACGGAUGCAGCUGCACGUGAUAAUGUGGUUGGGGCAAUUGCGCGCCUUAUUAUCACAAAUUAUUCAAAUUUACCACUCGAACAAGUAUUUCCAGUUUUUGUGGAACAAUUACCUUUAAAGGCAGAUUACCAGGAACAUAAAGCCGUGUUCAAGAGUAUUCUUACGUUAUAUCAAGCUGGAGUCACUCUCCUACAAUCUUACAUUCAUAAGUUAUUGAAAGUCGCUGUUAUCAUAUUACACGAAGAAAAGACUGUCGAUGUCGAAACGCAAAAUCUCGUCAUGGAAUUCAUCAAAUCUGCUCAGCGAGACUUUGUAAACGAUUGGGAUGCACUUUUUACCGAGUUGCCUCCAGAAGUUGUCACAAACAUUCAACGUAUAUUUUCCUAAUGUAAAUGAUUAGUCACGCAUGCUUAAUCGUUUUUGAACAUUUUAAAAGAUGUUUAUUGAUUCACAUGUGAUCCACAGGUAACAUUUUUCAAGUAUAUUUUCAGAAUAGAUUUUCUGCCAUCGUUUCUUCUUCGCAAUGUGAAUUAUCUCCAUAGAGGGAUAACAUUGAGCGAAUAAGAUACGAGGCGAGAACUACAAUCGAUUAAAUAUGUUUCCGUCAGCUUUAUAGAUAAAUACUCAUCGUUUAUUUUUAUUUUUUUUUUUUUUUGUUAAUUUGCCGUCUUUAUUUGUUAUUUACUAUAUAUUAGCUUUAUAAAAUGCCCGUUUGUGACUCUCAUUUAAUAAGCAAAUAAUUUAUAUUACCUUACAAUUAAAUGAGUAAUUUGUUAUUUUUAUGACGCAUGCGUCAAGACAAUUCUUCCUCUACUCUCCUAUAAAUAGAUAGCAUGUAAACAUUGUUGUACAAUAAAACGAGAAAGAAGAGAAAGGUCUAGAGAGAGAAAAUUUUAGAAUAAUUUAGGGAAUCUCGCGGCGUUGAUUUUUUUUAGACUUGCUCAUGGAAUUAUUGGAUCUGUGUAGAUUUAUAAAUUCUCCAGUAUCCUGUGAGCGUACAAAUAAAAGAUCUGGUUGACACGCAGAAGCGGUGUAAACUCGUUUAACUGCAAUACGAGUGAAAUUCUGCUUUUGGCACAGGCAUUGGCGUCAUUGUUACCAAUACGCAAAAGAGAGCCCAUCUUCGUUCGUCUGCAAUCAAAAGCGUACCGUAGCACUGAAAUACUGAAAAUAAAUGUAUUAUGUGACUAAUAAAAA